AUGAGAAUGAAACAACCAGACGACCAAAAGUCUGAGAGAGAGAGAGAGAAAAAAUAUCGGCUCAUUAUUUUCAAUUCACUUUUAAUCCUAGUUAAUACUAUUUACUUUCUUUCUUCUAACUAUCCAUCCCACCAUCCUAUCUAUUCAAUUAUGAAUCCACAAAGAAUUAUUGAAUUACAAAAACAUUAUCAAAAUACUCCUAAACCAUUAUGGUUAAGAGGUAGACAAUCGGCAUUUUUAGUUUAUCCAUUUUAUGCUUUAUUUGCUGUUAGUACUGUCAUCCCAUUAUAUUAUAGUGUUAGAGCUGUUGCUGGUAUAAAAGAUGAAUAA